AUUAGACCCAGCCUCUCUGUUCAGCGCCGUCACCUAGUGCUGAACCGUGCAAGUAAGCUUAUCGGGAGGCUACAGCCUGCCUACGAUAACGCACAAAUUGCCUCCAGCCUAUUUGCCGUGCCGGCAGAGAUAAGACCAUAAAGGCACAGCUGUGCAUCAAAGCUGUUUACGAAAGCAGCGGGGCUAUAUAUAAUUCUGUGACUCCGUAGAGACGUAGCCGCAGCCCAGCCACUGCUUGCAUCGCAAAGGCGCCUCGCGAGGAAGCGGUAAAAAAAGAGCCGCGGGCCGAAACCUCUCGACCCCGACACACAAGCUAGCAAAAAUGGAGGAGCCCACCUCCGAGGAGUCCGUGCCGGAACAGGACGCGCCUCAACAAAGACCCACGGAGCCGCCGCGCGCGCUGCUGCCCGAGUUCCUCCACCAGGGCGGCGCUUCACAAAAACUCGCGCCCGAGCAACGAAAACAACUCGUCGCGAGCGGCGGCACGUCGAGACUCGAAUCAGUCAACUACGGCGACGCCAUCCUGACGGACAACUGGCCGAGGGACGGGCUGUUACUAGCUAGAUCCACAGUAGCGGAGAAGAUAGUGGUCGAACAAUAUAAAAUAGACCGCCUGAAAAUCCUGGAGGAGAACACGUGCCAGCAGUGGUGGCCCGCGCGCGCCAUUGCUGUUGAGGAAUACCUGGAGUACUACGCAUCCACUCCAGCUAGGUUUCGGCCGAAAGUGGAUGCUGUGGCUGUGGUCUUCCUGAAUCCCUGGUGGUCGGCAGAAGUGAAGGACAACGCCGGGGAAUCACGCAUGUUCGAGCUCGAAGCCGUGGAAGCGAAGGCGACCCAUGCUAAACCGCUACCUUUGACAUAUGACCCUCCGGAGGCACCACAACCCAUCAAGGAAGCCGUAGCGACGGCGCACGCCGACGCCGUCGCUCUAGCAUCAGCCCUGAAACAGUUCGCGGCGAAGCACAUCGACCCCAUUGAGAAUGGAGACGCCUGGCCCCGAAGGGCGGCUAGACUGAAAGCGGCGUUCGAGGCCACGAAACCCGCACCUCGCGAAAGAAGGCAGGGCCCGCCGGGAGACGUCUCUACCGCGCAUCUAGAUGUCGCUUGCUACCCGCCGCACGUGUUGCAACUGCCCUGGCGGAAGGUCGUCGACGCGGCUCGAGCUAGAGGUAGAUCACUGGAUCUAGAUGAUUUACCAGAACCCUUCUCGUCGACCUUCAACAAGCAAGCCCUCGAGUACGCGCAGCGUCCGAAGACGCCGGUGGUCUUGGAAGAGCCGGCCGCGACGUCGCGGAAGCGAGGCGGCGAAAAGAAGUCGCCCGUGCGGGCGCCGCCAUCAGAUCCGCCGGAUCCGCAACGCGUGCGCGCGGCCUUCGCGGCGAAGGCGUCGAAUUUCGACGAGGGGAGCUUCCUCGAGGCCAUCGGCGCGCCUGCGGCCGAGGCUCCGGACGUCAAGCCCGCGCUGCCGGCGAUCCCGCCGCCGCCGCCCGCGCCCACACCGGCUGAGUCGCCCAAGCCCGCCGCGCGGUCGCCGCCCAAGCCGCCGGCCGCCGAGAAGCCGGCCGAGAAGGCGAACGGCCAGUCACCGGCCGAGACGGCGCGCUCGCCGCCAAAGGCCGAAGACGCGCCGAAGCCGGCCCGCCGCCGCUCGUCGUCCGGGGGAUCCGACAAGAAGGCCCCGCCGAAGAAAGCGAGAAGAGCCUCGGAAGACAAAAAGCCCGAGCUGGCGUCCGCGCCAGCCUCGGCGCCGUACCGGUCGAAGGGCAAGGACCGCCCCAAAACUACGCCGGAGGAGAAGCCCCGGUUUGCGAUUGGUGAUUUAGUGGAAGUAGCACCUCGCACGCACCCCGGCGUCAACUUCCCCGGCGGCGCGGCGACGAUUCGCGAGAUCCACGACGAACGAUUAGUCGACCAGGGCCCCAUGCGCGACGGUUCUGAAAAAAGGACCACGGGCUUCACGUACGCCGUCAAGUACGUCCUUGGUGGGAGUGAGAAGCGCGUCGACGCGCAGCACAUCUCAAAAUCGGUAGAUAACGGUGGAAGGCGGUCGUCGUCGCCUCGCGCGUCCGAGGAGAGCGCCCUCCCGCCCAAGAAACGACGGUCCGCCGAGAAGCUGAACAAGGAACCACCUAAAAAAAGACCGCCUCCACCCAAGACCGAGCCUCCCAAGAAAAAGCCGGCGCCCCCGAGGCCUUCUGACGACGUCGAGCGGCGCGCGCGCGCGACGGCGCGGCAAGAAGCGGCUGCCGCCAAAGCAGCGGCCUACGAGAAGAUCCGCGCCGAGGAGAUUGCUAGAGUUGGGAUCAAACCAGCAUCACCUAGACCUCAUGAGACGGCGAAGAGCCCGCCUCGGGAACCGGUCCAGAAGGCGCCGAAGAAACGACGAGAAAGGCGUCCUAGAGAACCUUUUGAAGAUACCAUUGAUGAUGAAUUUUCUGGACUCAGUUCUUCGCAAUUAAGAGAAGCCAUGCAGUCGCGCGGCAUUGGAAGGGGCGCGUACGACACGCCCCAGGACUUCCUGCGGAAACUGCGAGCCCACAAGAAGCGCCAGGACCCCUUCGCCUCCGAUAGCGACGACGCCCUGCCCCCGAAGUGUGAUAAAUGUGAUGGCCCUCACCUCACGGACGACUGUCCGCACUUCCCGAGGGAACGGGACCCGUCGCCGGAGCCCGGCGCGAACCCCUUCAAUCCGUUCAAGCGGAAGAAGGUUCCCUCCAAAGAAGAGUCUUCCUCGUCUGAUGAGAAAGAAGAGGAGCCGAGACGGGGGCCGGGCCGGCCGGGCAAGGACGAGAAGCCGAGGCCGCCUCUCAAGAAGCGGCAGCGGUCGCCGCCCAAACAAGAGGAGGAGGACGAGGAGGAGGAGACGCUGACGUGUCGCAAGGGGUGUGGUAGAGUUUUCUCUCAUCCUCCUGCUCGAGUCGCGCACGAAAAAAGUUGUAGAGGGAAGCUUGAUAGUUCUAGAGCGGCACGAGCGCGCGCUAGAGCGUCAUCCGACGACGCCGACGACGAGGACGAGCCGCCGCGAAGCCCGCCGCCCAGGAAGACUAGAGCUGGCUCCGCGACCGAGCCGCCGCCGCGACGGACGCCGCGAGCUUUAUCACCGAGAGGCGCCGCUUCGAUAAGAUCCCCGCAGAAGGACGGCAAGGUCCUCCCGGAGCCGCGCCGCGUGCGCGUCAAGCCCGAAUCGUGGCAUCAAGCGGCCGACGAGGACCAAUUUUUCGACGCGGAGAAUUUUGAUAGAUGGUCGGACCGGGGCGCUCCUACCUUACAGAUUCCCUCUGAAGCUCCGGUCGAUGUGGGGCGGGCCUUGGCUUACUUGCGGGAAGGUGAUGCAUCUGAUUUAUGUGGUGCUCGAGCUUCCGAGGCUUCUAAGAGUACGAAGAAGGCCCUCAAGGCGUGCAAGGGGGCUGAUGGACAACGAGCGUCUGUUGCUAGAGAGCUGUGGCUCUAUUUAGCGGCGCGGGCUGGACGUAGAGGCUCCUCUACAAGUUGUGCUUCUCUGUCGGACGCGGCGGCCGAGAGGGACGUCGCGGCAGCUCUACAAGACCUGGAGGUCGUGACGCUGGCGGCGGCGGCGGCCGGCGCUAGGGCUUGUUCGCGCGCCAAGGCGCCGAAGAAGCCGUCCAAGUCGCAGAAUGUUGGGCCCAUGGCGCAGGGGUCCGAUGAUCCCAUGAGUGAAUCCUCUUCCGAUUCUUCUGAUGAUGAAGGUGACGAUGUGGAGCUGAAGAAGCGCCUCGUCAAGUGUCGCAGUGAAAGAGCCGCGGCGCUGGAAGCGUUGGAGCGCGUCGAUGGGUUGGUGCAGGGGUUGUUAGAUAGGGACGACGCUUUGUUAAGAAGGACAUGUGCGAACGCGGCCACGGACAAGGUCGAUCGGGACGUCGUCGCGCGGCGCGCCGCGCGCAAUAGAGAUCAGGACGCCAAGGCGGCGGCCGAAAGAGGCGCCAAGGAGGCCCAGCGCGCGUUGGACGACGCGCGCGCCGCGCGGCGGGAAGUGCAAGUUACAAGGGACGCGUGGCUGACGCAUCGGAAUAGGACUCGAAGGCGCAUGCUUGCGGGCGUCGCGCGGGUCACGUCUUCUGAUGAAUAUUCUUGGGACGCUCCUGGUGCCCCUAGAACACUAUGUGUCUACGACCGGCGGUGCCGCUUACAUAGCACGAAGCCGCACUGCGUCGAGCAGGCGCGAAGGGCCGUGGCCGCUGCUGCUGUCGUCGAAGCGCGAGCCAGAAGGUGUUCGAACAAGCUCUGGGUCGAGCGCACGGUGCACGGGUCUUAUCUCCAGCGAGCGGCGUCGUCGCUAGCGUACGCCCACACUCGGAGCUACGUGGGCGCGGUCCGGCAGCGCUGCCUCGACCUCGCGACGGAGGCCACGAUGAUCUUCGGCGGCGAGGACGAAGACACGUGCGGCAAUCGAGAUACCUGGGGCGCGGCCAUCGCCGCGUCCGCUGCCGUGAUCCAAGCGGUAGAUGCUGUCCUCAGUGGAGAAGCUAGAAACGCUUUGUGUGCUGUAAGACCACCAGGACACCACGCCGGCGCGUCGAUCAAUUCCUUGGGGGCGCCGGGCAACGGUUAUUGUUUACUGAAUCACGCCGCGCUCGGAGCGAAGCACGCGGCGCACGAGCGGGGGCUGAAGCGCGUGGCGGUCUUCGACUUCGAUGUGCACCACGGCAACGGCACGGAGGACAUUUUGGCAAGGACCUUCGACCCGCGGUUCAUGUAUUUGAGUUUACAUGCCACCGGGGAGGACGUCUUUCCUGGGAGCGGCAGAAGAGCGAGGCCGGACCAUCCUGGUGUGUUGAACGCGCCCCAUCGCGCGGAAAAGGUGGUCACGACGGAGUGGGUGCUCGAGGAGGCGCUGCCGCGCAUCCUGAACGCUUUGGACGCUUUUAGACCGGACCUGUUGAUUUUAUCCUCUGGUUUUGACGCCCAUAAACGGGACCCCGUCGACUUGGGUCGGUUGGACGCGGCGGACUACGGCGUAUUGACGCGGCGACUCGUGGACUGGGCGGAGCGCAAGUGCUGCGGGCGAUUAGUUUCUGUGCUCGAAGGGGGUUACGGUGUCGACUGCGGUCCCGGUGGCGAAUACGUCACGUCUGGUAGGAAGGAGGCCUUCGACACGUGUUUACGGGCGCACGUCGACGAGCUGGCGGGCGCCUUUGUCGAAGCCGACGUCGACGAGGACGCCGAUCUGCGCGAGGAGGCCGACGCGAUCCGGGCGGCGGACGCGGCCGCCGCCGCCGCCGCGGCAAACUCUAUCCGGGCCCACAAGGCCGCGGCGGACGCGUUCUUCCGGGACCCGCCGGGCGAGGACGAGCCGUCGGACGACGCGCCGCGCCUGACCGCGUCCGCCUUGUCGGGUCUCGGCCGCGACGGCGACCAGGACCGCGUGGACAUGUUGCUGGACAAGGAGUGAUCGUGUUGCAUUAUUUCCCCCUUCCCUUGUGCCCCCGACGUCUAAGUGUGACCGGGUUGACCACUUC